UUCUCAACCACUCUCUCUGCUUCUGUUUCCCGCCUAAAAAUAUAUAUCAUUCUUGAUCAUCAAUCCAUUUUAUGGUUUUGAUUAAUUUUAUUUUGAAAAGUACAAAACGUAAGAUCAUUUGCAAAGCUUUCCACCUGCAAAAUCCUUCAUUUAUGUGUUUCUCACAAUAUAUGAAGAACAUCCUGCUACGUCCUGUUCCAAAACCACCUGAUUCAGUUUUUGAACUUUUAUAUCAACGAUGGAAUUGGUGGUCUCGGAAAAAAGUUACAACGCCGGCUCUACAUUAAUAAAGCGUAAGUUUCAUGUGUAUCAAUCAUACAAGUCAAUAAGUCACUCCAUUGUGACUUAUUGUUAGUCGUGUUAAUCAAAGAUUAGGGUUGCUGUUUUCUGAAAAUGUUAGUUACAAAUUGUUAAUUAGGAUUUUCUGCAAGUUCAUCUGGUGUUUGUUUGUUUGUUUGGGCAUAUAUAGAUUGUUAGUCAAAGACGUGUUACUCAAAGAUUAGGGUUGCUGUUUUUUGAAAAUGUUAGUUACAAAUUGUUAAUUAGGAUUUUCUGCAAGUUCAUCUUGUGUAGGGGUGAGCAGAAUCCGGGUAUACCCGCAAAAGGUGUUAGAGAAUUUUGAAUAUGGAGGGUUUGUUAGUUGACCAUAAAAGUCAAACUGAAUGUUCACCUUCGUUUCAGCGCGCCUAGGCGCUGAGGCUCAGCGAGGCACACCGAAUGCACAAGGCCAAAUUUUGGCCAAAUUCAGGCUAAAAGUCACCUAAAACCUCUAAACAUGUUUAGUAGCCUUACGCCUAGGCUCCGGGUUCAGCCUAUGCGCCUUGAGCUAGGGGUGUUCUUCGGGUUAUUUAUUCGGGUUUCGGGUUGUUCGGGUUUGAGCUCACAGGAAAUUGACCCAAAAACCGACCCAAAUAAGGUCAGGGUUGUUCGGGUUUCGGGUUGAACAUUAUACAUUGAACAAUUAAAUAAUAUUGAGAUAUAAAUGGCUUAUUGUUCCAUAGAAAUCAUAUACUCUCACGUGAUUUUUGAUUUUUCUUUUUUACAGAAGAAUCGGCGGAAAACAUUAAAUAUGGCCGAGCGAAAACCUAUUUUCAACACAUCUGAUCCAUCCAGUAGCUCUCAAAAGAGAUCGAGAUCUACAGCUUCCUAUCAAACACCACUGCGGCCCACUUUACCCGAGCCGGAUGAGACUAAAAUGAAAGACCUUAUGCACCAGUUGCUGGUUAAAGACAUGCUGACAAUGUCAGAAGUUACCUUCGCUCAACGUCAAAUUGCUGAUUGCACCUGGGUCGCGGAUUCGUUUUUAAAAAUGUCGCAUGAGGAGGUGUGUAGGAUAAUUACCAAAGCACGAGAUGAGGAGGAUGCCUGGAAGAGGAAGCGGAGGAUGGAAUAAAGUAUUAUCGUUUCGUUUGUGUGUUAUUUGGCUAUUAAGUAUGGAUGACAAUUAAGUAUUUCAUUUCAUGACAAUAUGUAAUAUUUUAGUAACUUCUGAAUAUACUUCUCCACUAAUCACUAGUUUGGUCUUUGAA